CAUCCCGGUACGACACGUAGCCCAACAACUCCAUACAAAGGCCGUUGAACCCUUCGAUCAUGUUGAAGUCAGUGUUUGCCCUCUUCCUCGCCGCCAGCGCCGCCCUCGCCAGCAACGUCGUCGACCUUACCCCGUCCAACUUUGACGAAAUCGUGGGCUCCGGAAAGCCCGCACUCGUCGAAUUCUUCGCACCAUGGUGUGGACACUGCAAGACGCUGGCUCCUAUCUACGAAGAGCUCGCCGACUCGUACAAGGCUCAGGACAAGGUUGUCAUUGCGAAGGUCAACGCCGAUGAUCACCGCUCCCUCGGAUCUCGAUACGGCGUCAAGGGUUUCCCUACGUUAAAGAUGUUCGAUGGAACCACCAAGAACCCCAAAGACUACAACAAAGCCCGCGACCUCGACUCCCUCCAAUCCUUCAUCGCCGAAACCACCGGCAUCAAGCCCAAGGGCAAGAAAGUCGAGCCGUCCGACGUCGCAGUCCUCACAGACGAAAACUUUGAUUCCAUCGUCCUGGAUCCCUCCAAGGAUGUUUUGGUUGAGUUCUAUGCGCCGUGGUGUGGGUACUGUAAGCAGUUGGCCCCCGUGUGGGAGAUUGUCGCGAGUGAUUUCAAUACGGAUGAGCAUGUUGUUGUUGCUAAGCUUGAUGCUACUGAGCACCCUGCUGCUGCGGAGAGAUAUGGUGUCAAGGGAUACCCUACCCUCAAGUUCUUCCCCAAGGGUGCUGACAAGACUCCUGUUGACUACCCCUCUGGCCGUACCGAGAAUGACUUUGUUGCGUACUUGAAUGAGCAGACCGGGACCCAGCGUGCCGUCGGUGGUGGUUUGACCGACGAAGCCGGCCGCGUUCCCGCCCUCGAUACUCUCGCCCAGCAAUUUGUUGCCGCCGAUGACAAGGAGUCCGUCAUCGCCGAAGCCAAGUCUGUCGUCGAGGGUGACGCCAACGGUUCCUACUACGUCAAGGCCAUGGAGAAGAUCCUCGCUAACCCCAAGCAUGUCGCGAACGAGAUUCACCGUUUGGAGAGUAUCAUUGCGAAGGGUAACUUGGCGAAGGCUAAACUUGAUUCGUUCAUUAAGAGGAAGAACAUUCUUUCUGCUUUUGAGUUUACGGCUGCCAAGGAUGAGCUUUAAGUUAGUAUACCAUGACCAGGGUUGAU